CAAUAUUCAUAGGUGGAAAUUUUUUCAAUUAUUAUAAGGUAAUAAUACAAUCCUAGAUUAUUUAUACAAACCACGGAAUCUUCAGCGAGCGUAGUAGCUCAUUACUAUAUAAGUAGUAUCACUAAAGCAAAGAAAAAACAUCCCAAGAAUCGAAACACAACAUAAUGGGGUCUUCUUCUCCACUAACAAGACGAAACAGAGCAGCGUCCUCUGUUUUUCUUAUCUUUCUCUGUUUCUUCAUUUGUUACUCAGAUUCAUCAAAUGCUCAAUCCUCGCCGGUUUUCGCCUGCGACGUCGCCGGAAACCCAUCUCUCGCCGCUUAUGGAUUCUGCAAUACCGCUUUGAAGAGCGAAUACCGAGUCGCUGAUCUGGUCGCGAGACUUACGUUGCAGGAAAAGAUCGGGUUUUUAGUGAGUAAAGCUAACGGCGUAAGUCGGCUUGGGAUUCCGACGUAUGAAUGGUGGUCGGAAGCACUUCACGGCGUUUCUUACGUCGGACCCGGCACACAUUUUUCCGGCCAAGUUCCCGGCGCCACGAGCUUUCCUCAGGUCAUACUCACGGCCGCUUCUUUCAACGUGUCUCUGUUUCAAGCCAUUGGCAAGGUUGUGUCGACGGAAGCGAGGGCUAUGUACAACGUGGGAUUAGCCGGAUUAACGUAUUGGUCACCGAAUGUGAACAUAUUCCGAGACCCGAGAUGGGGAAGAGGACAAGAGACUCCCGGAGAAGAUCCAUUGCUUUCUAGCAAGUAUGCUUCUGGCUACGUUAAGGGUCUUCAAGAGACUGACACCGGCGAUGCUAACCGCCUCAAAGUCGCCGCCUGCUGCAAACACUACACCGCUUACGACGUCGAUAAUUGGAAAGGCGUAGACCGUUACAGUUUCAACGCCGUGGUGAAUCAGCAGGAUAUGGAUGAUACGUAUCAACCACCGUUCAAGAGUUGUGUGGUUGAUGGGAAUGUGGCGAGUGUUAUGUGUUCUUACAAUCAAGUUAACGGUAAACCGACAUGCGCUGAUCCUGAUCUGCUCUCUGGUGUUAUCCGCGGCGAAUGGAAGUUAAACGGGUACAUUGUUUCGGAUUGUGAUUCGGUAGAUGUGUUGUAUAAGAACCAACACUAUACCAAGACACCAGCGGAAGCUGCAGCUAUAUCUAUCAAUGCAGGUUUGGACUUGAACUGUGGUUCGUUCUUGGGUCAGCAUACACAGGACGCGGUUACGGCCGGUCUGGUUAACGAGGCAGCUAUCGACAAAGCCAUUUCGAACAACUUUUUGACACUUAUGCGUUUGGGAUUCUUCGAUGGAGAUCCCAAGACGCAGAUCUAUGGCGGAUUGGGUCCUAAAGACGUUUGCACGCCUGCGAAUCAAGAGCUAGCCGCAGAUGCAGCGAGACAAGGCAUUGUCCUGCUAAAAAACACUGGAGGAUGCUUACCGCUUUCUCCUACAGCGAUCAAAACGCUAGCCGUGAUUGGACCAAACGCGAAUGUCACCAAAACGAUGAUCGGAAACUACGAAGGCACGCCGUGCAAAUACACAACACCGCUUCAAGGAUUAGCCGGGACUGUAUCAACAACAUAUCUACCAGGCUGUUCCAAUGUAGCCUGCGCGGUGGCGGAUGUAGCUGCCGCCACGAACCUAGCGGCGGCUGCAGAUGCGACUGUGCUCGUGGUGGGUGCAGAUCAAUCGAUCGAGGCGGAGAGCCGCGACCGUGUCGAUCUGAAUCUUCCCGGAAAACAACAAGACCUUGUGACCCAAGUGGCUAAAGCAGCAAAAGGACCGGUCUUGCUCGUUAUUAUGUCCGGAGGAGGUUUCGACAUUACCUUCGCUAAAAACGAUGAGAAGAUCGCCGGAAUCUUGUGGGUGGGUUACCCCGGAGAAGCCGGCGGCAUCGCCAUCGCUGACGUCAUCUUUGGCCGUUGUAAUCCAAGUGGAAGAUUGCCGAUGACUUGGUAUCCACAAUCGUAUGUAGAGAAAGUUCCGAUGACGAAUAUGAACAUGAGACCGGAUAAAUCAAACGGGUAUCCGGGUCGGACUUACCGAUUCUACACCGGAGAAACAGUUUACGCCUUCGGAGAUGGCCUCAGCUACACCAAAUUUAGCCACAGCUUAGUGAAAGCACCACGGCUCGUUUCUCUCCGUCUAGAAGAGAAUCACGUUUGCCGAUCUUCGGAAUGUCAAUCGCUCGACGCGAUCGGACCGCACUGCGAGAACGCUGUCUCCGGCGGAUCGGCGUUUGAGGUUCAUAUUAAGGUACGGAACGGCGGAGAUAGAGAAGGAAUUCACACGGUGUUUCUAUUCACGACGCCACCGGCGGUUCACGGAUCGCCGAGGAAGCAUCUUUUAGGAUUCGAGAAGAUUCGAUUAGGGAAGAUGGAAGAAGCGGUGGUUAAGUUUAAGGUUGAGAUCUGUAAAGAUCUGAGUGUUGUUGAUGAAAUCGGGAAGAGGAAAAUUGCUUUGGGUCAGCAUCUUCUCCAUGUGGGCGAUUUGAAACAUUCCUUGAGCAUUAGGAUCUGAUUCCAAUAAUGGAUUGUUAUUCUUUUUGCAAUUUGAAAGAAAAAUUAUAAAUAUGCUUAUUGCUUAAGCUUAUGCAAGUUGGGUAGAAAAAGGAAUAAAAAGGAAAUUGUGAAUCUCUUAUUUUUCAGUUUCUUUUGUUAAUAAUGUGUCCCAUUUCGGGUAAUAUCGGUUACAUGUUAUAUAUGGAUAG